AUGGCUACAAGCUAUGAUUCUAUCAACAGUAUUACCUAUAGUAGAUUAUGUAAUGAAAAUGUUAGGAAAAUAAAGGCAAGGAUUAUAAGGUUAUGGAAAGUUCCAUCCAAAUUUGACAAGAGUAAGACAGCUUAUCUAGAAAUGGUUCUCAUAGAUGAUAAGUGUGAUAAAAUUCAUUGUUCAGUGAAGAAUUAUUUGGCAAAGAUGUUUGAGAAUGAUAUGAUCGAGGAGAAAGUUUAUGUCUUCUCAAAUUUUCUGAUUGAGGAAUCAAGCGGAAUUUAUCUUCCGACUACACAUGUGUAUAGAAUAACCUUUAAGAAGGAGUCACGUAUAGUAAAUACGAUCAAUGAUCGUAACAUUCCUGACAAUCAUUUCAAUUUUCUCAAUCAUGCUGAUAUAUUGAGACAAACAAAUGAAAAAGCUAACUUAUUUGAUGUUAUUGGACUCUUAACCGAAAAAGGAAAAAUUAUAUCAUGGUCAAAAGCAAGAAAAAGUGGCCAUUACAUUGUGGUUGAUCUCCAUGAUUUGCAGUAUGUGAAGAUUUAA